UAUUUGCCAUGUAUGGCCGAGAGUGACCUGAGACUUACAAUCACUUGGACAAAGGAUGGCAGGUCUUCCCUUCCUGUGGAGUCUAAUGUUCUACAGAAUGGAACACUGGUUAUAAACAACAUUGGGAAAUCACACGAAGGAUCUUACACCUGUAGAGCGACUAAUGCUCUGACAUCAAUAGAGGCCAAAGUCAAAAUCAACUCUCCCGUUGCAACGUCUUGUUCUGUGAUAAGAAAAUACAGCGGCAGCGCAAGUGGAAAUUACGUCAUUGAUCCAGAUGGCGUAGGGGGACUGGCACCUUUCACAGUUUACUGUGACAUGAGUGACAAGAAUGGGGUUGGCGUGACAGUCAUCAGUCACGACAGUGAAAGUAGAACGCACGUGAAUGGAUGUGAACCUCAUGGCUGUUAUUCACAUGACAUUCAUUACACUGGAGCGAGUCUGUCCCAGCUGGCGAGUCUCACCAGAGCCUCCUCACACUGUGAACAGUUCAUCAAAUAUGAAUGUCAUGGUUCAGUGCUAUUAGGAGGGCUGGGAGGAGGAUUCGCAUGGUGGGUGUCACGUGACUCUGCUAAGAUGACGUACUGGGGAGGAACAUCACCUGGAAGUAGUAAGUGCGCAUGCGGGAUGACCACCUCAUGCGCAGACUCCAGUUAUCCUUGUAACUGUGAUAAGAAUGACUUUGCAUGGCGGGAAGACAGCGGUCUCCUCACUGACAAGACACAUCUACCAGUGAAACAGCUCAGGUUUGGUGACGCAGGUGAUGGAGGAGAAGAAGGAUAUCACACUCUGGGAAAACUGAAAUGCUAUGGAAUAGCAUGAGCAGUUAACAUGAAAGCAGUUUUCAGUAAAAGAUUAGUCAAACCAAAUUUUAACUUCGUUGAAAUUUAGGCUUUUAAGAUAGACUGUUAAGACGCAUUAGGUGAAACAAUAUGUUCCUUUCUAACAUCUGAGUAAUUUUUUUUGAUACUGAAGUAUAUGACUGUAUUUUGCUUUUAACCACUCUAGUUUUUUGGACAUCGACUUAAUUUCGAUCAUUUUAAGUGCACUCCAAUUUACUCUAGUAAUUAUGGAGUUGUAAGAGCAGCAAUUGUCAUUGGACCCCAGUACGUUGACUGAAACUCCACCGGUAACAGCGGACUCGUUCUCUUAUCUCUACCCCACAGUCGGGUUUACCAACAAAGCCGAGUUGUGAGAGCGCGAGGAGUGAGGCGGGAAACUUGGAUAGUGUUUGCCAUAUCAACAAAGUCAACAAUGGAGGUCAUGAGUUACAAAUUGUCCGGCAGCAACCCUAAUAGUUACAGUCCUUUCCGUAAUUCAAGAAUUUAGUUUUCGUUUAUUGUCGUCAUUUUUAAUAGAGUGAUAUAACAAAUUCAUUACCUAGAAUUAAUGCACUUACCUCUACGUCUACGAGAAUAGGCGCAUGCGCGCAUGAGCAGGCGAAUAUACCCGUCUACAUUUUGCAUGAAAAAGCGUGUUGGGGCUAAAUCGUGCGCUUAAUCUACAUAUCAACCGUUUUAUUUUGUGAUAAAAUAAACAUGACAAUUUUGACCUCGGCAGAGA